AAAAAAAAAGAAGGCAUUCAGCACUUUUUUUUUUCUCUUGUUCAUUUCUUGUUUAUCUUUAAAACUUAUUUGCAAUGUCUGAUCCUCAGGAUAUGGUAAUUGAUCGACAAGCAGAUCAAGAUCUUAAACAAGAAGUUGCUUCACCAGCUAUAGUUGAUGAUCAUGCAUCUCAAGUCGAUUCUGAUAUUGAUUCAUCAAGAAUGACCUCAAAGGAAUCAACGCCUCUUCGUACAUUUAAGGAAUGUUCUGCUUAUGAAACUCGUCUUAAACGUUAUAGAUAUCUUCUAGGUCAAACUGAAUUAUUUGCACAUUUCUUAAAGAUGACAGAAGUUCAGGACGAAGCUAUGAAAGAAGUACUGAAAGAAAAAGAAAUUCAAAAAUUAAAUUCAGAUGAAGAAGGAUCAAGACGUAGAAGAAAGACAGAAAAAGAAGAAGAUGAGGAAAUUUUAAAGGAUGAACAAGAAGAAAACGAUAAUGAAAUGACUGUGUUUACUCAAUCUCCUACUUAUGUCGUAGGAGGCACGCUUCGAGAAUAUCAAAUUCAAGGUUUAAAUUGGAUGAUUUCAUUAUUUGAAAAUGGUAUCAAUGGUAUUCUUGCUGAUGAAAUGGGUUUGGGUAAAACCUUGCAAACUAUUUCAUUUUUAGGCUAUCUUAAGCAUGUUUAUGGUGUUAAAGGUCCUCACUUGGUCGUUGUACCUAAAUCUACUUUACAUAAUUGGCAUAACGAAUUUAGCAAAUGGAUUCCUAAUUUUGAUGCUUUCAUUUUUCAUGGUGAUAAAGAAGAGAGAAAUAAAUUGAUAAAAGAACGCUUGGCUUUUGGUAACUUCGAAGUCUGUAUUACUUCAUAUGAAAUUUGUUUACUGGAGAAAGCUCAAUUCAAGAAAGUUAAAUGGCAAUAUAUUAUUAUUGAUGAGGCUCAUCGUAUUAAGAAUGAAAAUUCUAUGCUUUCUCAGCUUGUACGUAUUUUAGAAUCCAAAAAUCGACUUCUAAUUACAGGUACACCACUUCAGAACAAUUUGCAUGAAUUAUGGGCUUUGUUGAACUUUUUACUUCCUGACGUUUUCAGUUCUUCUGAAGUAUUUGAUGAAUGGUUUGAAAAGCAAGGUGGAGAUCAAAAGAAGGUAGUUGAACAGCUUCAUAAAGUAUUGAGACCCUUUUUGUUACGUCGUAUCAAAUCUGAUGUAGAAAAAUCACUUUUGCCGAAGAAGGAGAUUAACAUCUAUGUACGUAUGACUCCUAUGCAAAGACAAUGGUAUCAAAAGAUUUUAGAGAAGGAUAUUGAUGCUAUUAAUGGUGUUGGUCUUAAUAAACGUGAAGGCAAAACUCGCUUGCUUAAUAUCGUUAUGCAACUUAGAAAAUGUUGUAAUCAUCCUUAUCUUUUCGAUGGUGCUGAACCUGGACCUCCUUUCACUACGGAUCAACAUUUGGUAGAUAAUUGUGGUAAGAUGGUGAUACUUGAUAAGCUUUUGAAGAAAUGUAAAGCACAAGGAUCUCGUGUUCUUUUAUUCAGUCAAAUGAGUCGUGUCCUUGACAUUUUAGAAGAUUACUGUUGGUGGAAAGAUUAUCAAUAUUGUCGUAUUGAUGGUCAAACUAGUCAAGAGGAUCGUAUUGAUGCUAUUGAUGAGUAUAAUAAGCCUGGAAGUGAUAAGUUCAUCUUUUUGUUAACAACACGUGCUGGUGGUCUUGGUAUCAAUUUAACAACUGCUGAUGUCGUUAUUCUAUAUGAUAGUGAUUGGAACCCUCAAGUGGAUCUUCAAGCUAUGGAUCGUGCUCAUCGUAUUGGUCAAACUAAACAAGUCUAUGUCUUUAGAUUUGUAACUGAAAAUGCAAUUGAAGAAAAGAUACUGGAGCGUGCUGCUCAAAAGCUUCGUUUAGACCAAUUAGUUAUUCAACAAGGUCGUAUGAGUGCAGGUGCAAAAUCGAAAGCACCUUCUAAGGAAGAUUUACUUACUAUGAUUCAGCAUGGUGCUGAUAGCAUCUUUAAGGAUAAUGAUAAUUCUGAUCCAUCAGCAGUGGACGAUAUUGAUGAGAUUUUACGUCAUGGUGAAGAAAAGACGGCAGAAUUGAACAGUAAAUAUUCUAAUUUGAACAUAGAUGACCUUAAGAAUUUUACUUCUGAGAGUGCAUACAAAUGGGAUGGUGAAGAUUGGAGUCACAAACGUAAGGCUGAAAACAUCGGUCUCUCCUGGUUAGGCCCCGCAAAGAGAGAGAGAAAGGCAAAUUAUGCUGUUGAUGAUUAUUACAAGGAAGCCUUGCGUACUAGUGCUCGUACACCUUCCACAAAGGCUCCUCGACCAAAGAAAUAUAACAUUGAAGAUUUCCAAUUCUUUCCUUCUCGUCUUGCUGAACUGAAUGAACGUGAUACACUUUAUUUAAGAAAAUCUCUAGGUUAUAAAAUUCCACCUAUUAGUCCUGAAGAAGGUGCUACAGAAGAAGAUAUUAAGCGAUUAGAAGAAGAAAGAGAGGAGGAACAAAAGAAGAUUGAUAAUGCUGAACCUCUUACUGAAGAAGAAGAAGAAGAACGAAAGAAGCUAUUUACUAAAGGGUUCUCGAAUUGGGGUAAAAAAGAUUUUGCAAUUUUCAUCAAUGCUUGUUCCAAAUAUGGCCGUAACGACUUGGAAUCCAUUACGAAUGAAUUGGAGGGCAAGACAUUAGAUGAAGUUAAAAAGUAUUCCAAAGUCUUCUGGUCUCGUUAUAAAGAAAUUUCAGACUAUGAAAAACACGUUUCCAAGAUUGAAAAGGGGGAAAGUGAAUUAGAAAAACAAGCAGAUAUACAAAGUCAACUAACAGAGAAGGUACGCCGUCAUCGUAUUCCUCUUCAACAACUUAAGAUACAUUAUACACAACCUACUAAAGGUAAAAACUAUACAGAAGAAGAAGAUCGUUUCCUUGUCGUUAUGCUUGAGAAAUAUGGUUAUGGUUCAGAGAAUGUCUAUGAUAAUAUUCGUCGUGAAAUCAAACAGUCUCCUCUUUUCAGAUUUGAUUGGUUCUUGAAAUCCAGAACUUCUCAAGAGAUUGCCAGACGUUGUAAUACAUUAAUUAGUUUGAUUCAAAAAGAAAAUUCUGAAUUUGAUGAAACAGAAGAAAAGAAGGCACAACCACCAAAGGUUCAUAAUGUUCAACGUCAAUUACUUGCGAUCUUUGAUCCUGAAAACUUGAAGAAAGAUAAUUUUUUCAGAGAACUUGUAGAAAAGGAUCCUGAACACUGGGUUCCUAUCAAGAAACUUUCCAUGAUCAAACGAUUUAAAGAGAUUUUGGAAGGCGAUCUUGGCUUAUUUGAAAAAGCAGUUUCAAUCAGUCCAAACGAUUUUGAAAUGAAUGAAGCCAAAACUCAUUUACGUUACAUUAGAAAGGAAGAAGAACAGCCUAAAGAAGAAGAAGAAAAACCAACGUUAUCAAGAGAAGAAAGAAGAGCAGCAGAAAAUCAAAAGAAGUUUUUGGAUCAUAUUGAGCAACAAAAUAAACGAUCCAUUUAUGCUAAAGGAUUUAAUACAGAAGAAGAUCAACCUUCAGAAGCAGAAUUAAAAGAAUUUUAUGGAAAGUUUGGUCGCGUCCUUUCAGUUCGUCUUCGUCGUGAGGGCAAUAAUAACCGUACUGGUAAAUUUAAGGGUAGUAUCUUUGUAGAAUUUGAACUACCAGAAAUCGCUCAGAAGGUAGUUGAAGAAGCCACCGAAUACAAAUCCUUGCCAUUAUUGACCAUGAUUAAAGCUGACUACGUUGAAAUGAAAAAGCAAGAAAAGUUUGGAGGCGCAGAAUAUGAAGGAUUAGCCAACAAAUUCACACAUCGUCAUCUUAUUGAAUAUUCAAAUGGUCAAGAUUAUGGCUAUAAAGAUAUUAAGGAACUUGUUAAAACGGUGGCUCCUAAUGUAGGUCGUCUUGAGCCUCUGGAUAAAAAAGGCUGUGGUGUGAUAGAGUUAUAUAAAAUGUCACCAGAAGAAUUUUUGGAGAAAUUGACAGAUCACAAAAUUGAAAGUAUCAAUUUCUUUUUAGCAAGUUCCACCGCACGUGCUCACUUUAAUAAAAUUCAAAAGGAAGCUUUAAAGCAUGGACAUAACGGUCGUGGUAGACAUAAUGAUAAAAACAACAAUGACGAUAAAAAGAGAAAAAAUGAUAAUACUUCUGCCGAGGAAAAUAAUAAGCGUGCUCGUACAAUUAUUGAAGUCGCCACUGCAAGUGUAUCAAAAUAA